AUGGCUAAUCCUGUAGGCGAAGACAGCUGGGUGGCCUACCUUGAUGAAACCACCCGCAACGCCUCCGAUCUCGAGCAGCGCGUCAAUGCCGUCGAACUCUUCAAGCGCGCCGCCGGCGCCGAGCCUGGCAGCCUGCGAAUAUGGCUGGCCUACUGCAACUAUUUCUGGUCCCUCUGGGCGGACAGCCAGUCCGAUGCCGCCGGAUGGUCCGAGGAGGAGCAGAUGAUGGGCCGCGAGCUGUUUCCCUUUGGCUCCGCAUUGGACCUCUGGCAGCAGGGCUACGAAGCCAUCAAGUACCGCAUCAGCGACAGCCAUGUUCUCUGGAACCGCUGGAUAUCGCUCGAGAUGGAGCUGCUGGAGAAGACCAAGACUGCAGAGGGUGUUAAGCGCAUCACCCACCUGUUCCGCGAUCGGCUCGUCACGCCCCAUCUCACCUGGGACGACACGUCGCAAAUGUUCUCGAGCUUCCUGUCGGAAUACAAUCGCGCCGCGUGGGAGGAGUUGAUGAAGGACAUCACCGCGCUGUCCCAGGAAGCAAAGCGCCUCAUGGCGGAGCGAGAUCCCUUUGAGCUCAGGCUGCAACAGGCAGUUCGGGCAGAUGAUGUAGAGGCCCAAAAGACCGUCAUGGCAGAAUAUCUCGAGUGGGAAACAUCACAUGCCCGCGGCGGCCAGCCCAUGGCUGACAUCAAUUUCAAUCUCUGCUGUGGACUCUAUGCCAGAGCCUUGACCGGCGUAUUCGCAUCCGACGAGUCCGUUUGGCACCAGCACAUAGUCUUCCUUUCGUCCUCAUACGCCGACACCAAAGCCCCUGAGUAUCUACUCAAUGCCCUCCGCAGGGCGGUUCAACAUUGCCCCUGGUCGGGUCGCUUAUGGAAUAGGUUAAUUCUAUGCGCGGAAGAGGCGAAAUUGGACUUUUCUGAAGUGGAGUCAAUCAAACACGCCGCGACGAGCGAAGACCAGCUGUACAAGCACGGCAUGGAGAGCAUGAUUGAGAUGUAUGUGGCGUGGUGUGGGUUCCUCAAGCGCACCGCCAUGGACGCGAACGCGGGAGACGAGGCUGUCGACGUGGCUGAUGUAGGGCUGAGCGCGGCUCUCGAGGACGUCGAGGUCGUCGGCAAGAGGCUCUACGGCAAAGACUUUCAGGGCGACCCCAAGUUUCGACUGGAACGCAUCUACAUCCAGUACCUGACGGAGAAGAAGGGGGCAAUCGACGAGGCGAGGAUGCAGUGGAACAAGCUCGCCAAGGCUCAAAUUCACGCAGACAGCCACGACUUCUGGUUCCGCUACUAUAUGUGGGAGAUGCUCAUCUUCUCUUCCACCAACACGGGCAACAGCCCCGCGCCCUCCUCUGGCGGCGCCAGCUUUCGUAUCCCCACGCUCGCCACCGCAGUCCUCCAGCGCGCUGUCAACCGGCGGACCAUUGACUGGCCCGAGAAGGUGCUGGAGGUGUAUAUGCAGCAUUGCAACGACUACGAACUAUCGCACUCUGUGCGGAGAGCGGCAGAUGUUGUGCACAAGGCCGAGACGGCCAUUGCGAAGCGACGUGCUCGAGAGCAGGAGGAAAAGGCCGCCGCAUAUGCUGCCUUCUAUGGCGCGCAGACGGAGGGCCGUGACGAGCCCAUGUCAGGGGAGGCGUCGCCUGGCCAGCCUAAGAGGAAACGAGACGACCCAGCAGACACCCAGGAGCCCGUCAAUACCAGCAACAAGCGCCAAAAGAACGAUCACGAAGCGCGCGAAGCUUCAUCGAGUCAACGGAGAGACAGAGAAAACACGUCUGUGCUCGUCACAAACCUGCCCGCCGAGAUCACCCAGACCAAACUGCGCCAGUACUUCAAGGAGUAUGGUCACAUAAAUAACAUCACAGCGCUUGUCCGGGAAGAAGAUGGUCAAUCGUCGACGGCCUUGAUUGAGUUCAGCACCCCAGAAGAGGCCCAGUCCGCACUCCUCAGGGACGGCAAGUUCUUUGGGCAGUCUCAAAUCAAUGUGCGAUCUGCGCAUGACUUGACCAUCUAUGUCACCAACUAUCCCCCUGCGGCAGAUGAAAAGUACAUGCGUCGGCUGUUUCAGGAUUGCGGAGAGAUCUUGAGCGUUCGAUGGCCGAGUCUCAAGGUAAAUUCGCACCGCCGGUUCUGCUACAUCUCUUUCCGCGAUGGCGAUGCGUCUGCCAAGGCAGUGGCCAGGGACGGCACUCUUCUCGAGGGCAGAUACAAGCUCAUGGUCAAGUACUCAGACCCCAGUCGCAAGAAGAAUCGCGAGGGUGCUGUUGCCGAGGGCCGCGAAGUCCAUGUUUCGGGUCUAAACCCCUCAACGAGUGAAGACGAGCUCCGCGACGUUUUCUCCAAAUAUGGCACAAUACAGAGAGUCAACAUCCCCCGAAGCAUCAAUGGCAGGGGCCGGGGAUUCGCCUUUGUUGUCUUUGGAACCAAGGAUGAAGCUGAAAAGGCUACGUCAGAACUGAACAAGGCCAAGUUCCAGAACCAAAUCAUUGAGGUCGAGGUCUCGAAGCCUUCCAUCGUGAAACCCACGGCUCAGAUCAUAGCACACGAUCGCGCGUCUCCGGCACAGCAAGCGCCCGAGGACGCCGACGGCGACAAGGCGUCAAAGCCCUCGGCUGCCGAGAUCGCCGCGCGCACCAUUGCCCUCAUGGGUCUGCCCGACACCGUCAACGAUGCCCGAGUGCGGGCGCUUGUCGAGCCCUUUGGCCCCAUCGUCAAGCUCGUCCUGCAGCCCGGGCAUGGCGGCGCAAAGAUUGAGUUUGCAGACUCCUCGGCGGCGGGCAGGGCAAGCCUACAGCUAGACAACCUCGAGUUUGAAGGCCACAAGUUGCACAUUGGGUCCGUCGAUGAUCUCCGUCACGCAAAAGCCGAGAGAGUCCAAGACCGCAUUGUCCCGCGCAGCCAGGAUCCGACGACACAGGACAAGGACAAGCCACCGAGCAACACACUCAAAGGCUUCACGCCCACGUCGGUCAAUGUGAGGCGGCCGACGCUGGGAAGACCGGGUCCAAAGCGCGGACUGGGCUUUGUUGCCCCGAAGGCGUCAUCUGCGUCGAAUGCCAAGGCUGGAGAAGAAAAGGGGCGAGAAGACGGAAAGCCAGCUCCCAAGAGCAAUGCAGAUUUCAAAGAGAUGUUUUUGAGAGGCUCAAAACCGGAGGAUAAACCGGAGGAUAACAACUCAAGGACUGACUAA